UCUAUCCGCAUAUCCUCCGUCAGAUCAGAUUCCAUCUCAUCUUCUUCCCCCACUUUAUCCUCUUUCAAAUCUUCCACAUAUAAAUAACCACUCAAUCAAACCCUAACUUCAUCAUCAAUCUUCAUCUUAUCAUCCAAAUCCAAUCUUCAAUCACCAUGGCUGAAGAACAACUGCCGCCUGAUCAAAUUAAACUCAUUCACAAGCUUAAUUUGUUCAAAAUCAAAGGCAGAGAUAAACACAAUCGCAAAAUCUUACGAAUUGUCGGAAAAAACUUUCCAGCUAAGAGUUUGACCGUUGACCUGUUGAAAAAAUAUCUAGAAGUGAAAAUUUUCCCCAAACUUGAACGACCGUUUGUGGUGGUUUACGUUCACACUGAUGUUCAGAAGAGCGAGAAUUUCCCUGGAAUAUCCGUUCUCCGGUCAGUUUACGACGCGAUUCCGAUGACCGUGAAACAAUAUCUUGAGGCGGUUUACUUUGUUCAUCCGGAUCUGCAGUCCAGAAUUUUUCUGGCUACAUUUGGCCGGCUUAUCUUCACCGGAGGGUUAUAUGCAAAGCUGAGAUUUGUGAGUCGAUUGGCGUAUCUGUGGGAACAUGUGAAAAGGAACGAGAUCGAGAUCCCAGAGUUUGUCUACGAUCAUGAUGAGGAUCUGGAGUACCGUCCGAUGAUGGAUUACGGGAUAGAGAGUGACCACGCUAGAGUUUAUGGAGCGCCCGCGGUUGAUUCCUCUGUGGCGGCUUAUUCCAUGAGGUGUAUCUCAUAGGGGAAAUAGUUGUUUUUUCUUUUGUUUUUGAAAAUAGGUGCUAAAAGAAGUGCAAUAUAUAGUAUUUAGCAAUAUUUCGGGUGUUGUAGUAUGUUGAUAACGGGCUUUUCUUAUAACAUUCAUUGUUCUAGUUUUCUUUUGUAAAAAUUAUUUGAUAAAUUCUUUGUAAUUAGUAUCUUUUAAAUAAAUUUAUGAAUUAUAUUGUA